UCAAAUUUUGAUAGGUUAAUUUUAAACGGUGGAACUUUACAUGGUUACGGUUUGCCUUUGUACAUAAUGGAGUUCUCUACACGUUUUAUACUUUUUUUAAAAAAAUUAGAUGAUACGAUUAACAUGUUUAAAUUCAAACUACCCUUGAAAGAAUCGCAUUUAAAUAAAAAUGUAGUGAUAAACCUUCAGCAGAUUCUGCUAUAAAAAUUCAGAGAAAUUACAAAACUAGUGUCGAUUACGACUGCCAUGAUUCUACUCAUGUUCUACUCUUUCAGAUCGAGAUGGAGCGGCAGGCUGCGGUACAGGCAACACUGGAGGGCCGAAAGGCCAGCUCUGGAGGCGAGUCACUCGCAAGCAGGAUCGUCCAGAUUGCGCUGGAGCGCGCUCUCACCUCCACGGCGAUGCCCAGCGACACGGCCUCGUCCGCGGCCACUACCGCGUCCGCGUCGUCGACCGCGUCCACGACUGCUGCGCCAAGCACGAAGUCUACCCCUACUGCGACCUCCCCUUCGACAACCACCCGCGCACCAACAACGACUUCCACGACGACACGCCCCACCACCACGGCCAGGGGGACGAGCACGAGGUCUGCCACGCCGAGGGCUGUUAGUUCGCGCGGCAGGACGACGACAACGGCCAGGGCGACGGCCAGCACGAGCACUUCCACGUCGACGACAACCACGUCCACCACUACUGCGACGCCAGAUGUUGACGGGCCCCUCGACAUACCUCUGGGCGUGCCCGCUGAGCCGGCCGGCGGGGAGCCGUCCACCUCCAAGCCGGGUAGCAAGAUCUCCCUGUGGGUAGUGCCGCAUGGCGAGGACGACGGGGAUAAGGCUGACGCUCCCACACUGAGCCAAGUUCCGCAUGUCUCAUCCUCAUAUCAGACUGAUGACGAAGCUGGCGCCUCUGUCCGCCUUGGCAUAGGCCAAAACAGGGUAGCACCAAAAAGCAAAUCAAGUUCCUCUUCCCCGAGGCCCAAGGCGUUGAAUCCAGCAGCGGGCGACGCUCCCGAUUUGGAUGACACCCUGGCCUUCCUGUCACCCCCCUCUAGUCAAAUCACGUCGGCUGCCGCCGCUUCGCUCCCCGUGAAGAAGACCCCCGAAACUCCCCAGUUAGAUGAGCAUUCUCACGACCACGACGCAGAAGACGCCGCUCUAUUCGCAUCACUGCUUAUGGCACCAGGAUCUGCCGGGCAUGGCUUGACGGGCCCGCAGCAGCAGCUCCAGAUACUUCAGGCUGCGCUGGGCAGUGGUGCAAACCUUAACGACCCUAGAACUAAGGAGCGACUGGCGUCGCUGCUGGCAGCCCUGGUCGUGGCUCGGACCAGGGCGGGUGGUGGCACUGGCACCCCUGGGGUGAAGGCCCUCGGCGCGACCGCGCUUCGCGCUAAUCCUACGCUCUCCUCGCCCUCCCCCUCGCCCACUGCCGCCGCGGACGCGGCCUUGCUGUCAGCCCUGCUCGGAGCUGGCGGCGGUCACGGCCUCGGCGGGCCUUUCGGAGGUCGCCCCGUCAGCUCCACCGAGCAGACCCUCAGGGACCAAGCGCUCAUCACGGAGCUGUUGCGAGCCGGACAGCAACAGCCGCCGCCCUCCAGGUCUCGCUCCAGGCAGAGGCCGUCGACGACCUCCAGUACAUCGGCGCCCGCCGUCGGGGACGCGGAGGCCUCUGCAGACUCGAACGCGACGACGCCCACUUCAGCCGCGUCCGAGGCCCCCGUCACCAAGAGGCAGAGGAAGAGACCCGCCUCUUCCACUCCGCGGCCCACGGACUUCCGAGGCCUGUUCGGAUUCCAGGACCCGCCGAGGGGAGCGACGUCAGACAUCGGGGGUGAAGAACCUGGACGUGACCAACCACUUGUGACGGCCGCCAUCAACGUGACCCGUGCCGUGUCCCAGUUCAUGGGCCUGGUUAUUCAGGGCAUCGGCAAGGCGUUCAAGCCGCUGGUGUUUGGACAGGCCGGCCCCAGUUCCAGUUCCAGCACGGGCGGCUCCCACUCCGGGAGCGGGCUGGCCGCCCUGGUUAACGCCCUGGGCGCCAGCAGCGGCUGAAGUCCGGCCCUCUAUCCCCCCCCUCCCCGUGCUGUUCCAGGGUGCCGCCAACUCGUUCCAGUCGUUCGUCAGGCAGAGGACCAACGGCCUCGCGAACCUCUUCAACAACUGGGGCGCGGGCAGCGGUUAGGACCCAGAGUCGCGCCGCCCAGAGCCGCGCCGCGCCGCCGUCGUCCACCUCAUCUCAGGGACUCGGUUUAGAUCACUGUGGACGACGCGUCGAGGCUGUUCGGGGAUCCCCCCCUCUUCUAGAGACCGUGCCUUUGUACGAAUAGCGACCGACACCCUGCUCUCGGCUGACGCCGCCGGCUGCCCGUCCUAUGCAUGCGAUAAACUCACUAGUGAAAAGUGAAAAUGGCGUAAUUCCUCGGACUUCCCAUUGAACUUACGCCCUUCUUACUUUUAACCAGUGAACAGUGAUCUAUGCCAUUCUGUGAACGUUUCCGUAGCCGCCCGCCCUCGAAAGUUGUCGGCGGAAUGAGCCCUUGCCCCUUGCUUUGUUUCUGCUCGGAGCGAAGUGAUUUCGUGCUCGGCGGGCAAUAAACAAUUGCGGCCACGCCCUCCGUAUCGAUAUGAGGCCAGCCUGACGAGUGGUCGCGUGCGGAAUGGAGCGCUUUGUUUUCCCCGAGCGGGUUGGCUGGCUGGCUGCGUGCGAACUGCGGCAUCAGCCCCGACUGGUUGGCCUCACCCAUCGGUCUGAUAACGGCGUAAGUCAAAUGAGUUACGCUAUUUAAACGAUGCAUUCUUGGCCGCGUGUGCUGUUCUCACAGGGUCAGCCGAGUUCUCUCAGUACUUGCCAGCAGGUACUGUUUCAGAUUUGAAUCAAAAUUGACUUAAAAUAGGAUUUAGAUAGUUGUUGGAAAUUGGGUAUGUGAGGCCGAUUUGACUGUUAAGAUGCAUUUCAAAAAGGGGACACCAAUAUUUUGGGGUGAAUUUCUUUUGCACUUGAUUGAUCAGAUCUAUAGUAAACACUAAAACAGGCAAACCGCAACUUUUUAUACCUGCCGGCCAUAGUGUUCCUCAAAUAACGAAGGCAGAACUAUAGCAGGUAGAACACAAGUGUUCCUGAUUGUUAAACAGCUUCCCGCCUCUACUACCACGAUAGACGAUAGUAGCGGGGGUAAAGGGUAGACAAUUUAGAAACCUCUAUACGCUCUAUUUGCUAGUCUUCUUCCUAUGUUAGCUGAAGUACACUAUAUACAUGGAAUUUGAAGUAAGGGUGACGUAAAUAGAUAAUAGAGAUGUAUUGUGUGGUUUUGCCAUUUUCUUUAAUUUAAAAAAGAGUGCUGUUUAAGUGGGAAUUUUAGGGAGAAGGAGGAGGAACCAUCUAAGACAAAUUAGUCACGUUUUAGAUGUAGGAUAUUGGCGGGUGUUUUCUUUCCACUCAUUGGUGUACUACAUUUAGAGGACUGGCUCUUGAUUUGCUCAUAGUAAGUACAUUGUUCUAUUGUGAAAGGAGUUCUGGUACGACUUACUUUUCGAGUUUAGACUGAGAAUAUGUGCACAUCUGAAUCCCGAGACAGAUGAGUCAAACUGUAGUGUUAAUGUGUACAAAGCCUGUUGUUUUUAUUUAUUUUUCUUGUUGAGGGGCAUACUAUGCAAUUGUUUUCCUUAGUGUCAUCAUGUUCAUGAACGAAUAACUUAAAUUGAUAACUUUGCAUGAUGACAUUAACAAGAGAAAAUGUCGUAGUAUGCCCAUAUCUGUAAAUAAUGUGCAAUAUUAAGAUAUUAAAUGCGUGUGUGUGUGUGAGUGUGAGAGAAAAAAUGAGUCCGUGUUUUUUUAAAUGAUAUUUUUGUAAUUGAGUGUGCUACAAAUUGUGUCAUGAAAUAAUUUCUGGACAAUUUUGUUCUGUACUGGUGGAAUGAUUUUUUGCAACAUAACUUUAUUUUGCUGUCUCAAAAAGUGUAAAUAAACGAGGCGAAAAUACGAAA